AUGAAGUUCACCCUGGGCCUGGGGUCGCGGGCGUGGAGAGUGUCCUGGGAGCGGACGGCAGCGGCGGCGGCAGCCGGCCCCGGGGCGGGCGGGGCACCGCGCGUCUGCAGCCCGCGGCCGGGCCGCCGCGGCUCUCGGCUCGCGCGCGCGCUCCCUCUAUGCCUCGCCCCCGGCGGCGGCGCCCGAGCUCUCCCGGACUGCGCCGGGCCCAGCUGCCGCCGCUCCGGCGCCAGGCUGCUGGCUGGCCCGCGCGCUAUGGAGCAGACGUACGGCGAGGUGAACCAGCUGGGAGGCGUGUUUGUCAACGGCCGCCCCCUGCCCAAUGCCAUCCGCUUGCGUAUCGUGGAGCUGGCGCAGCUGGGCAUCCGACCCUGUGACAUCAGCCGGCAGCUCCGCGUCUCCCACGGCUGCGUGAGCAAGAUCCUGGCGCGCUACAACGAAACUGGCUCCAUCCUACCAGGCGCCAUCGGCGGCAGCAAACCGCGCGUCACCACCCCCAACGUGGUCAAACACAUCCGGGACUACAAGCAGGGAGACCCCGGCAUCUUCGCCUGGGAGAUCCGCGACCGGCUGCUGGCCGACGGCGUCUGUGACAAAUACAACGUGCCCUCAGUGAGCUCCAUCAGCCGCAUUCUUCGCAAUAAGAUUGGCAGUCUGGCGCAGCCCGGGCCCUACGAGGCGAGCAAACAGCCGCCGCCGCAGCCCGCGCUGCCCUACAACCACAUCUACCAAUACCCCUACCCCAGCCCCGUGUCGCCCACGGGCGCCAAGAUGGGCAGCCACCCCGGGGUCCCGGGCACGGCGGGCCAUGUCAGUAUCCCGCGCUCGUGGCCCUCGGCGCACUCGGUCAGCAACAUCCUGGGCAUCCGGACUUUCAUGGAGCAAACAGGGGCCUUGGCCGGGAGCGAAGGCGCCGCCUACUCCCCCAAGAUGGAAGACUGGGCCGGCGUCAACCGCACCGCCUUCCCCGCCACCCCGGCCGUGAACGGGCUCGAGAAACCCGCCUUGGAGGCGGACAUUAAAUACAGCCAGUCGGCCUCCGGCCUUUCCGCUGUGAGCGGCUUCCUCCCGGCCUGCGCCUACCCGGCCUCCAACCAGCACGGCGUAUACAGCGCGCCAGGCGGCGGCUACCUCGCGCCUGGUCCUCCGUGGCCGCCGGCGCAGGGCCCCCCGCUGGCGCCCCCCGGGGCCGGCGUCGCGGUGCACGGCGGGGAGCUCAUGACCUUCAAGCACCCCAGCCGAGAAGUGGCCGAUCGGAAACCCCCCAGUCCCGGCAGCAAGGCGACGGACACCCUCAGUAGCUUACACGGACUGCCCAUCCCGGCUUCGACCUCCUAG